GUCAAAUUUUACUUAUAAUAAACACUUGCUGCUGUCAAAAAGAACGAGCGCUUAUUCAGCAUAUAAAGUGAAUAAUAUAACGUUAAGCGUUCUCCCCCCGGAGAAGUCCGUUAUAGCUUAAGGUACCUUAACACCGACCGGGGAAAACCACAUUUCUGUCAUUUUAGUUGUAAUAUAUCUGCGGUAAAUUCACUCCAAAGCCAUCGUGCUUAAAAAGUGUUAAAAGUGUUAAAAAGUGUCAGACUUUAUAUGUGACUACACGCAGCCCUGCCUGAAAAUAAAAGUAUGUUAAGAAAUGAAACUGAAAGAAGUUGCUAACUCCUGGCUUCAGUGUUGCUACACUGAACUGAAUAGCCUAUGAAGCAAGCUACUAAUCAAAACAGCACAACUUCUAACAGCUCUGAAUCUUAACGUUAAUGCUAAGUAGGGACCAUAGGCGGAUUAACCAUAUGGGCAAUUGGGCAGGUGCCCAGGGUGGCACCACGCAAAUUAUUUUUCUCGUGUAAGACAAGCAAUGUAUUCUCAAAUACAAGCGAUGUAUUCUCAAAUGUCUAUCUAGCCAUGGCCUAUACCCUUUUUUUUGUUUUGUUUUGUUUCCUCCUGUAAAUGCGUGGUCUAUCGCCGGAUGCACACAACCCGCGCGCUUUCAUUUCGACGCCCAUAGAUUAUGCAAACAGAUUCUAGGAGUAUGGUGUGCAACUGUAAUGAAACUACCUCACUCAUAGAUGUGUGAAUCUGAAUCUGCUAGCAUCAGCCUUGCGCUUUCACGUUGUAGUUUGUAGCCGUUGGCAAUCAAGAAAGGGUGUUAACCAGUUUAUAAUUACUACUUCUCAGCUAACUCAAAAGUCCUCUGAAAAAUAUGAUCCCUUCUGGAUGUGUGUGAGAUUCAUCGAGUAAUUUGAUCCGAUUCUCUGACCGCUCGUUCCACUUUCAUCAUGGAUUUAGGCCUUCAUGCCGUAUACGACGAUGCAAUAAUAGCAUGAAUUCAAAUAAGAAGAUGCCGUUCACGGAAACUAAUAGCAGAGUUAGGUUACAGUAUUAUUAUUUUGCUUCUGGUGGAAGUGCCACAAAUCUUAACCAGAACAUGUCCGAGAUUUACCAAGAAAUCUUCAGUAAUGGAGGGAGAUUCUGUGACUUUUUACACUAAUUCUUCUGAACUACAGGUGGAUGAUAUGAUACAGUGGAGAUUUGGAAAUGUAAAAUGUGUAGCUACAGUCCGCAAUGAGAAUACAAUUACAUGUGAUAAUGAGAGAUUCGGAGAAAGAUUUAAGCUUGAUCGUCGGACUGGAACUCUCACCAUCAGGAACACCAGCACAAAAGACACUGGACAUUACGAAUUUACCAACACCAGAAGCGGAAAAAUAGAAGCAUUCAAAUGUUUUGGUGCUAUUGUCUACGGUUCUUUGCCUGUUCCUGUCAUCACCAGUAAUUCUUUACAAGGUUUUUCAUCAAAUCAGAAUUGUUCAUUGCUGUGUUCAGUGGUGAAUGUGAGUGAUGUGACUCUCUCCUGGUACAAAGGAAACAGUUUAUUGUCCAGCAUCAGUGUGUCUGAUCUCAGUAUCAGUCUCUCUCUACCUCUGGAGGUGGAAUAUCAGGAUAAAAACACCUACAGCUGUGUGAUCAACAAUCCCCUUAGCAACCAGACUCAACAUCUGGACAUCAGUCAACACUGUCAACCAUGUGCAGAACUCUACCAACAUUCACACACUGUACUGCUGAUACCACUUAUUUUAGUGUUUUUGGUCGUGAUUGUAGGUGUGAUGAUCUAUUGCAAAACAAACUGCAGACAAGCAAGACAAGGAGCAAUCUGAUGGAGCAGAAAAUGUUAUACACAAAAAUGAUGAUCUGAAAAUGCAACAGAUUGCAGUUGCUGUACGACAUAUCUCUGAUACAGCCAUUUCAUGUGAUGCUGUGUUUCACCACUCUAAGAUGACGAACAAAAUAAUUAUAUAACUUGGUACAGAAUGAUCACAAGGAAGAAUGCCAUUUGGAUAAAAGUGGAAAAGCUUGUGACUUCAUUGAAUUAAGUUUUAGUGAAAAUAAAUGUAACUUUGUACAAUCUUCAUAUUACAUUCCUGCAAAUGUGACACAAAAUGUACUUGCAAUUGCUCUCCUUUUCAAUAAAUGAAAUGAAAUAAUGAAAUAUGAAUGAAAUUAAGACCAAAAUAAUAGAUUCACUGUAUAUGAGUUGGAGUGAAGAAAGGAGACCUAGUGAGAAGUGAAAAGUAAUGUUUGCAGCUGAACAUUCUACUCUAGUUUUAAAUUAUUCUCUAAGUAUUCCUUCUACCUCCAUUAGAUUUCACUGUAUUUACUGUAGCCCUUAUCAACACUUUUAUUUUCUCACAGAAAAAAAAAAAACACUUAUUUCCCUCUAUUUUCUCACAGUAAUCUGUAAGAGCUCAAAUGAUGAUCUGACAACCCAGCAGACUGCAAGACAGAUCUCCAAUACAGCCAUUCUAUAAGAUGCUGUGUCUCACCACUUUGAUUAUAAAUAUUCAUUAUAUUAAAACUUGGAAUGUAUAGUAUGUAUAGCAUGAGCACAAGGAAGAACAGAGAAACAGUGAAAAUGCAGUGACUGCAUAAAGUAAAAAGUACAACAGUUAUUGUUUUAUAAGUGAGAGAAGCAAGAUUUUUAUAUUGUAUAAGGGGCAUUAAGGCCAAACUCUAUUUUACUUGACAAGCGUCCUUAGUAUUACUUUUCGUUCAACAAGCACACAUUGACUGUUUAUGCAGAAUGACUUUAAAACAAGGUAUACAUUUUAUCAAAACAUGGACCUCAAUAUUUUACAACAAAGUUCAACAGCAACGUUCAUUCAUUUAUUUCCUUUUCUUUACCAAAACUUUCCUUGCAUUUAGGUGGUUUUCAUUUUUUGAACUUGAAAUGUACGAAACUCACACACUGUAAAAAACAAUUUGUUGAUUCCACUUAAAAUAAUUUGUUAGGCAUCUAGGUAACAAGCCCAGAUUUUAUGUUUAAGAAUGUAUAAACGU